AUAUGAAUGAUUGGAGGUUUUCUCCGUUUCAAUAGAUUUAUUGCUAUGAUAACAAUAAACUUUAUAAAUCAUGCUUGGCAUUAAUGCUAUGCCAUGUCAUUCGGGGAACCUCCUUAGCAGCAACGAUGGUCUUUUGGAGAAUGGGUGAGAUUCCUCAUCGACUGCCGAGCUACUCUGCGUGUGCAAGUAUUAUCAACCCCUCAUCGAGUUGCGCUUGCCCCUCCCCAUCGAUACAGCCACGCCUCCCUUUCAACCCGCAGACCACCGCAAGCCUCCCUUCCGUAACUUAACUUGAUUCUUUCUUACUUCCUCUCUUCCAUUCCAUCUCCUCUCCCCUCCUCUUCACCACCGCACCUCCCGCUUCUCUAAUACCCGAAACGCGCAACACUUCUGCCGUCGUUCUCGCAUUUUUGAACAAUCACAACAAUUAUGACUACCUCUCUCGAUCAGUUGAAGGCCACUGGCACUACUGUCGUUUGCGACUCUGGUGACUUUGCUACUAUUGACAAGUACAAGCCUCAAGAUGCCACUACCAAUCCAUCUUUGAUCCUCGCCGCCUCCAAGAAGCCUGAGUACGCUAGGCUCAUCGAUGAGGCCGUUAAGUACGGAAGGUCCCAUGGCGGAAACAUCGAUUCCCAAGUUGAUGCCACUUUCGACCGUCUUCUCGUUGAAUUUGGAAAGGAGAUUCUUAAUAUCGUCCCCGGCAAGGUGUCUACCGAAGUCGAUGCCCGUUUCUCUUUCGACAGACAGGCCUCUAUUGAUAAGGCUCUCCACAUAAUUGACCUGUACAAGAGCAUCGGUAUCGACAAGGGCCGUGUUCUCAUCAAGAUUGCCUCCACUUGGGAGGGUAUCCAAGCUGCCAGGGAAUUGGAAAGCAAGCACGGAAUUAAGUGUAAUUUGACUCUUUUGUUCUCAGAGGUCCAGGCUAUUGCUGCCGCCGAGGCGGGCGCUUUCUUGAUUUCGCCUUUUGUUGGCAGAAUUUUGGAUUGGUAUAAGGCCUCCACUGGAAAGGCUUAUGUUGCCCGCGAGGACCCUGGUGUUAAGUCCGUCCAGAAUAUCUUCAACUACUAUAAGAAGUACGGAUACAAGACCAUUGUUAUGGGUGCCUCUUUCCGUAAUACUGGUGAGAUUACCGAGCUUGCUGGUUGUGACUACCUUACAAUCUCUCCCAACCUUUUGGAGGAGUUGUACAACAGCCAGGCUGCCGUCCCGAAGAAGCUUUCUUCCGAGGACGCCACUGCUCUGGAUAUCGCCAGGAAGAGCUUCAUUGACAAUGAAGCCGAGUUCAGGUUCUACUUGAAUGAGGACCAAAUGGCCACCGAAAAGUUGAGCGACGGUAUUAGAAAGUUUGCUGCCGACGCUGUUACUUUGAAGGAGAUCCUCAAGGCGAAGCUUGAGAGAGCUUAAAUCGGAUAUGAGAAAGGUAAUAUAAAAAAAGUAUUGAGCGAACAGGUAUAUGGAUUUUUGGUCUGUGUAAGCUUUAGCUUUUCCAGGGGUGUUUUUCACUUUCUUGCCUGUUGGUCUACCUUUCGUAUAGGCUUCCCAGUCCGCUCUACUUGUUCGUAAGGUUCAUGUUUUGGUUCUCAAUCUCAGUCAUAGUUUUUUUUUUUUCGAACCAAAGGACGCAACCAAUAAUGAUA